CCCUAAAAUAAACCCUUUUAGAAACCCGGUCAAAACCCAAGGCUCAAACCAAACUGGAUUCAAUGUCGCUCCGUCAACUCCGCCGUACACUAACAACCACCGCCACCACCACCGACAAACUCCCAAUCUUAUACAACUCCACCACCACCACCUCCUCCACCGUCACGCUCCAGCUACUCGCGUGGGGGAGGGGCUCUUCCGGCCAACUCGGUAACGGCAACGAAGAAUCCCAAAUAUACCCUUCUCCAGUUUCACAACUCCUUGUUCCUCCUCACUCCUUCAACAUCUCUUCAUCCUCCACUAAAUCUCUCAACGAGAACAACGGCCAAUUGAAAAUUGGCAUUGCUUGUGGACUGUUUCAUUCUGCUGCGCUAGUUGAUGGGAGAUUGUGGAUUUGGGGUAAAGGUGACGGUGGUCGGCUAGGAUUUGGUCAUGAGAAUAGUGUUUUUCGUCCGACUGUGAACAAUAAUUUGGAUUCAGUUCGGAGUAUUGCGCUUGGUGGACUGCAUUCGGUUGCGCUUGAUUCGCGUGGUCAAGUGUUUUCAUGGGGUUACGGUGGGUUUGGUGCUCUUGGCCAUUCCGUUUAUACUCGAGAACUCUCUCCUAAAAAAGUAGAAGGCGCAUGGGAGGGGAAAAUUAGUCAAAUUGCAACUAGCGGCACGCAUACCGCUGCCAUCACUGAAGCAGGUCAACUAUAUACUUGGGGAAGAGAUGAAGGGGAUGGCAGACUAGGGCUUGGGCCUAAUCGUGGCCCAAAUGAAGCUGGCGGACUUAGUAUACCUUCCCAAGUGAAAGCGUUACCGGUUCCUGUUGUUUCUGUUGCUUGUGGUGGUUUUUUUACAACAGUUAUUACCAACGACGGCCAUUUGUGGAGCUGGGGUGCAAAUGCAAACAAUGAGCUCGGAAGAGGUAAUCGAGUGGGUGGUUGGAAACCACAACUGAUUCCUGGUUUGGAGGGUGUUUGUGUCGUUCAAAUAGCAAGUGGUGGAUAUCAUUCUCUUGCUCUAACGGAUGAAGGUCGUGUGUUAUCUUGGGGUUAUGGUGGACAUGGACAGUUGGGACACUUUUCUACUCAAAACCAGCCCGUUCCCACAGUUAUCGAGUCUAUAGCUUCAGAGAAAGUUGUUUAUAUUGCUUGUGGAGGAUCUUCAUCAGCUGCUGUAACUGACGAUGGUAAGCUGUACAUGUGGGGAAACGCAAAGGACGGUCAACUAGGUGUUCCGGGUUUGCAAGAGAUACAAACAUUUCCAAUAGAAAUAAAGUUUCUCAAGGAUGAUGACAGUUUGGGGUCCCACAACGUUGUUGCGGUUGCCAUUGGUGCAUCGCAUGCUCUUUGCUUGGUAUCAAGGUUAAAUGAUUCAUGAUGCAGUUCACAAAAUAAUCAGAGCUCAACAAUGUUGUUUUAUAUCACCUCAUAUGUGUUCUGUUUUGUAAUGUAUGAUGCCGCCUUCUAUGAGGGACAAGUUCAGUAGAAAAUAACCUCUUGUUAGGGGUGUUUAUGGUACGGUAAAUCUCUCUAAUUUCAAGAUAUGUCGAGCCCAAUAAUAUUCUUUUGUGGUUAACCUCGUUUCGGUUGAGGUUAUAUUCACGAUCAACAUUUUUUAUGGUUAACUUUGUACACAUAUAUUAAAGUUUUUGAAUUCGUAUUCAGCUCA